AUAUACCCCAAAAUCUGAAAAGUUUAUGUUAGUGACCCAACAUAAUAUUUUUAGCAAAAAUCCCUCUUUUUUAAUUUUCCAUUUUCAGCUCUACCCCUUUCUUAGGCAAGUUACUUAAAUAACCCUGUCUAUAGUAGCUGCUUUACAAUUGCUAUAGUGUACUUCAUACACUCAAUUUUCCCCCCCCACUUUCUCUUCUCCUCUACGUUUUUUCCCUCACUUCCUCCAUUACUCCAUUUUCUCACUAUCUUCUCUUUCCCAUUAUCUGCGAAAAUCACUCAGCACAAACCUCUGUUUUUGUUAUUAAAUCAUUAUCAAUGGCUCAUACACGUCCUUCAAAACCGAUUCCUAAAAAAGCUCUGAAUAUGAAACCGAAGAAAGCGGUUUCUAAGAAGAAGAAGGGUGAAUCAAGCAAUGUCAAGGCUAAAGUUCAACAAGAAUCUGUCUCUGGUGAAGGAGUAAUCCGACAAUCUCCUCCUUCUCUCAAAAAGAGACAUGCAACCGAAAUUACUAAGCCAAAGAAGAAGCAAAAAGUGAUUUCAAUCUCUGAACCAAAACGGCGAAGUCCUAAGCUGUGGCAGUUAAAGCUCUUACGUGAAGAUCGACUUCAUUCGAAAAUUGAUACUUGUAUGUCCUACGAUACUAUUUCUGAAAUACAAUCAACUUUGAGUCCUUUUGAGUUAGAGUUGUUUAGGAAGUCUUGUUUCGGUUAUUUUCUCGAUAUUCCUAAGAUUAUGGUUCAAAACCAGAUUAUUCAUUGUUUGUUGUUGAGGGAAAUCGAGCAAUAUAACAAGUCUGAGAUGUGGUUUGAGGUCGAGGGUCAUAGGCUGAAAUUCGGUAUUGAGGAGUUUGCCUUAGUGUCGGGUUUAAAAUGUCAUGGGAAUGUCAGUAAAUAUGGUUACCCGACGGUGUCUAAUGGAAUUUUGGACAAGUAUUUUGGCGGUUCGCAGUCUAUUUCUAAGCAAACUCUUCGAGAUAUUUUUAGGUCUAAGCGUUGGGAUUGUCCGGAAGAUGGUUUCAAACUUGCUUUUAUGCAUUUUUUGCAUAGCUUUUUGUUAGCUUCCCCUAAAACUGCUAGUAUUCCUCAAAAAGAUUUUGAUGUUGUUGAUUCCGAUGACUUGAAUGACUACCCGUGGGGUGUUGAUGUUUUUAAAUAUACUUUUGAUUCUUUGUCCACUAAAGCUGUUUUUGGUCCGGGUAGUCUUAGGGAAUCUAAACACAUCUACAAAUACUGUCUUCAAGGUUGUCCUCUUGUGUUUCUUUGUUGGUUUUAUGAAUGUUGUCCGAAGGUGCAAAAUUCCUUUGUUCAGUUGGUCAAUGAAGCUGCCAUUCCUCGCAUUUUGAAGUGGCAAGCUUUCUUUUUUCCUUUUUACAUCCCAGUUGAUAGAGAUCUUUUUGAUGAAGUUUAUUCUGAGCAGGUGAAUCUGCGGUCCAUUGUUCCAACAUUUGCUGAAUGGGAAACCCUUCCUUUAGGUGACUUUUUCAAAAGUUUCAAAGGGAAGGGGAAGUCUAGUGAUGGUUCUGGAUCUAGCAAAGAGGUUGGUGCUAAAGAUGGCUAUUGUCCGGCAUUACUUGUUACGGAUGAUUUGGAUGAAAGGAAUAAAUCUAAUGAUUUAGGCGCUAUAGAAGAGAAGUUCCAACUCAUUUUUACUGGUCAGAAGAAAAUCCAGUCUGAAAUUUCUGAAUUUAAACGCCUUAUUAGUAGUCAAGUUUCCGAAGUGUUAAGCGUUGUGAAACGGUUGUGUUUAAUGAUCACCAACUUUUAAUUAAAAGUUAUGAAAAAUUAAAAAUGAUGAAGGUAAUAAGAGAUUGAUGAUUUCAUUUUUAUCUGAUGAAAUGCAUCUGGAUACUCAUGUAUAUGUUGGUCUUCUGUUUUUAGUUUUAGUAGUGGUGCUUAUAGUUCAGAUUUGUGAAAAAUGUUGGU